AAUCGAAGAGAUUAAAAUAAUGCUUACUACUACAGUAUAUACUAAUGUAAUUGUUAAAAAUUUAGAUGAAACUAUUAAUGAAAACCUUAAUGUAGACAAAAAAAUUUUAGCAGAUUAUUUAAGAACUAUAAAAAGUCAAAUUUUUGAAACUGUUGGGUUGAAUUAA